GAGCUCUGUUAACUGGAUCAAGAAAAAAAGGAAAGGCAGAUGAGACUGUGUCAUCUAAAGUAGGAAUCUUCGAAAAAGACUCUGGAGAUAAGAAGUUUUUGAUAACAGAAAAAAGGGAAUAAUUAUGAUGCCGAAUUUCACUGAAAUUGGAAAUUGCACGACAAUUCAAGAGUUCCGUUGUUUGGAGAGCCUAAAGGAAACACAUCGAACAAUUAUUUCAGCAUUGAAUAUUCUCCUUUCCAUCCUUGCUUUAAUGGGGAAUGUUCUGAUUUUUGUUGCGCUUCAAAAAGUCUCUUCCCUUCAUCCGCCAUCAAAACUUCUCUUUGGUUGCCUCGCAAGCACAGAUUUCUGCGUGGGCCUAAUUUCACAUCCUCUUUUUGUAACCUUUAUUUUCGCUCCAGAACAUUCCAAACUUUGCUACUAUUCUACCAUACUUUCAAAUACAAUAGGCUUCAUUUUCUCCGGAGUAUCUUUGUUAACAAUAUCGGCAAUAAGUGUAGACAGACUUCUCGCCCUGAUAUUGAGGCUAAGAUACAGGCAAGUGGUAACUUUGAGGCGAGUAUGGGUCCUUGUGAUCUUUUUUUGGCUUCUUAGCACUGGCUUUUCAAUAGCAAUGCUCUACAAGCGUCGCAUAGCUGAAACGAUUGCUUCCAUAAUAAUGCUAUUAUGUCUAGUAACCUCCAUAUUUUGCUACAUAAAGAUUUAUCUUACCCUUCACCGUCACAAAGCUCAAGUAAAGUCUGAUACGUCCCAAGGAAAACCAAAUGGAGCACGAAUUCCACUGAAUAUAGCACGAUACAGAAAGACCGUGUCCAGUGCUUUGUGGGUACAAAUGACUUUACUUGUUUGUUAUCUACCAUUUGCUGUUGUAACAGGCUUGCGUGGCGUGCUUGGGUCACACUCAACAAAUCUUCACCGAGCCCAUGCUGUAACGAUUACCUUUCUUUUGUUGAACUCCACGCUGAAUCCAUUCCUGUACUGUUGGAAAAUAAAAGACGUGAGGGGAGCAGUUAAGGACUCCAUCAAGAACUUGAAGUGUUUUCCGGGUUAGCUGUCUCGAAACCCUAGACGGUAGGGCAGACUGCUAUCAAGAUCGAGUCAUUUAUCUGUCAAGAAAACACCACUUUUCUUUUGGACUGAUAUCAAAAUUGCUCCAAAUACAGCUAUCGAUAUCAGUUAGCAAUUUGUGUUAAACUUUAGACAAGAUAACAUAGAAAAGUAAAGUUAGUUAACUUCAGGCAUGAUAAGAUAUUAUUUGUAAGUAAGUAACGCAAGAUAUUAAUGAAUUGUAAUCAAUGUUAGAAAGUUGUGUUAGUGGAUGCCGCCCCCCUUCCACCCGCGGAUUGUUUAAAACUUUGUCAAGAGGAUUUUCUCUAGGCAAUUGUCAAUUUGAGUAGCUGUUUGCUUAUCUUUGAGAUUAUAUGCUGAAAAUUUGGUGAAAAUCGGCUGACAAAUAGUGGGGGGUUUUAAGGACAAGUGGGGUGUGGUUUAUAGGUUUUUGUUACUUACGAGAAAAUUGAUGUUUAUGAUAAUUAUGUAAUAUUGGAAGCUGUCAGAAUCAUAUUCUGGACCAGAAGUAUGUUUAAAUUAUAAGAAACCUACUGAUGUAGUAAAACGUCGAAAAGGUAAGGGGGUAAGUUUCUAAAGAAACUGUGGUGCUGCGUCGGUGGGGAGUAUAACAAGAUAAUUUGGUUUUAUCAACUGAGUUGAUAAAUGUGAAUUGGCCACCGUAAAGAGCUUCUCGAAUCUCUUUACGUUGGCCAAUUCACACAUGAUUAUCAACCCAGUUGAUAAAACUAAAUUAUCUCACAAUAUUAUACCAUCAGCCUGUAGGCGACAGAAAUAGGUUAUCUAUUAAAGAUUGAAACUUUUCAAAAUUGCAUAAACAGGUACACACGAGGAUUAACCCUCUUUGGCCUUUGGCGAAAGAGAAAGGACAGAGUGUCAGCGCUUAUUUAAAACUAUUUAACUUAAAGAGCAUUCAAGACAUAAUGGUUGAAUUUUUUCACUGUUCCUAACUCUAUCAGGGAACAGUUUUGUAGGUCAAACGUUUGGUCACGUGACGUGCCGUUUCUUUGGCAACCAAGUUCUCAGAGAGUGUUUUACUGAACUUCGGCGAUUUUCUUGAGGGUAGAUAUCUGUUCUUAAUUCAUUUUGGAGUUUAUAAAGAUUUUAGUUCAAAUUCUUUAAUUUUUAAAACAUUGGAGCCGUUCUGACCCAUUUGAAUAAUUUUUGAAAUCCAAAAAGGGAUAUGAUAAUUCGACUGAAUUAUGACCUCGUAAAAAUAUAAAGCAUAAAGUAUGACGCAAUUAUUGACACUUGGUUAUCACUAACGUAGACAAGACUGAAUGCUUUAGAUGCCAUGCAAGUUUGAUUGCUAUAUUAAUUUACUUCUUUUGGAGAUACAUCAGUGGGUAGGGCGAA